AUGAAGAAGAAGAUCAACGAACGCAGGAAGUACGAGGCGGUGAGGGUGGUUAUGACAGAAGCAGAAGAGGAGGCAAGGAUGCAUGUGGAGUAUGCGGCAAGGAUGGCCGUGGAGCAGGCUGCAUUGAUGGCGUCUGGCGAGUGGUCCGUCGCGUUCGAUUUUGCUUUGGCAUCCGCGUGUGGAGGUUGGCAAUGUCUUCCGCCGUCGCCGGCAAGCGGGCACCACCUUCUCACGUUCCACGACUACUCCAUCACCUGCAAGGGCAUUCCCACCGGACAGUGCGCCAAGUCCCGCAACUUCACAGUUGGCGGCCACCGCUGGCGCAUCGACUACUACCCCAACGGCAUAGGCUCGUCGGUCAAAAACCACGUAACCCUCUGCCUAAUCCUCGACGAAGAUGUCCCAGCGGGUGUCAAGGCAAAGUACAGUUUCUGCCUCGCCGGCGAGACGGAGGAAAAGCAAGCAGUGGGGCUGGCGUCGGCGGCGGUCAGCAAUUUCUGUUCCUGGAGCAGGAGUUGCAACAAGUGGGACCGAUUUAUCAAAAGGGAGGACCUAGAGAGCUCCAAGCAUCUAGAGAAUGACCCGUUCACCGUCCGGUGCGACAUCGUCGUCGUCCAUGGUUACUCUCCGGCGGACCACGCAGUGAGCUUCGUCUCGGUGCCGACAUGUGACCUGAGCCGGGACCUGGGCGAGCUCCUCGGCACAGGGAAUGGUGCCGAUGUGGUGUUUGAGGUCCGCGGCGAGAUAGUCGCUGCACACCGGUGCGUGCUCGCGGCUCGAUCCCUGGUCUUCCGCGCUGAGCUCCUCGGUCCGAUGAAGGAGAAUGCCGUCGCCGGUGUUGUUGUGCGCGUUGAAGACAUGGAGGCGGAGGUGUUCAAGGCGCUGCUCCGUUUUGCGUACACGGGCUCGCUGCCGGAGACGCGGAAAGAAGACGAAGACGUUACGUGCCAGCAUCUGCUCGUCGCGGCGGACAGAUACGGCAUAGAGCGGCUGAAGCUGAUCUGCGAGGAGAAGCUGUGCAAGUACAUUGACAUCGGCACGGUGGCGACCAUCCUAGCGCUGGCCGAGCAGCACCGCUGUGAGGGGCUGAAGAAGGCGUGUUUCCAUUUCCUUGCCGCUCCGGCGAAUUUGAGGGCGGUCAUGGCCACCGACGGCUUUCAGCAUCUGAGCACGAGCUGCCCUUCUAUCAUAGUUGAGCUCAUGGCCAUGUCAUUUGGCGCAUUAGCUCAGUGCUCGAUCCAGAGUGUCAGGUGA